AUGGCCGACGCAUCCUCAACCUGGCGAAGCGGCGCCUCCUCUUUCUCACCUGUCACCCCCAAUCCGACUGGCAGUGGUAGCAGCAGCAGCAAUUGGGGGCGUGGGAACAGCACAGCCUCGUCUCAGAAUAUCAAGAAGAAGGCGCCGGGCGGAGGUGGAGGCGGCUCUUCUCGAUCAAAGGCAGGCGGCGCUUCUGCCUCGAAACCAGCUUCAGCUUCCACAGCACCUUCCUCGUCCACCUCCAAUUUCAGAUCGGGCGCACCUGCAAAAGCGACCAAGUUCCUCCCGACUCAGCCGCUCCCUUACCAGUCGCUACAGAACAUCAAGGACUACUACCAUGGCCUCCUCGAUAGCGGUCUCAUCAAGAAAUCUUGGCUCGACCAUCCAAAGAACCCUAUCCAAAACUAUGUCCUCCACCGAACCGGCACCUACCCCGUCUUCACCGUCGAAGAGGGCCAAGUCGAAGGUCGAAGGGACACCAACUUCCGCUGCACGCUCAUCUUUGAUCCAGAAUACGACUGGCACGUCUACGCCGAUGCUAAGUCUGCAAAGGACGCCGAACGUGUAGCUGCACUUCACGCCGUCCUCUUCCUCCAAAACAGCGGCGACAUUCUCACAAAGACGCCUACUGCAUCUGCACCCGCUCCGCUCGUCCCUCAGCAGCAAGGUCCCGUGGCCAAACUCAGCGAUGGCUCCGAACUCACCGUUCAGCGCGCUCGCGAGUUCAUUGACUUUUACUGCAAGCGCUUCAAUCUCGGCAAACCAGACAUUCGACAGUCGGCAGGAAAGCAGGGCAAACCUAAGCGUGGCGCUUCAAAGGCAGCCACCUCGUCUUCGAGUCAGCCGCAUGCUUCCAUGUACAUUGCUGGCAACGAGAUUGGCGCAGCUGUAGGCAAGAACAAGAAGCAGGCGGUCGCCAACUGCUACCUCGAAUCCGUAUCUUACAUCGAAUCCACCGAUCCUUCCUUGUGGAAGACCUUUUCACUCCUUCACAAGCCAGGCGUAGCCAUCAACAAGGCGCCUCAUGUCACCUUCAGCAUGAGCGACGAGCUCGACGAUUCAGUCCAAAAUAUCUACGACACCAUGAUCCGAAGCAAGAUCUACGCAAAGCGUCCACGUACCGCCGGUCUUACCGCUGCGGGGGAAGAUCCCAAUGCCGCUUCCAACGAUGCCAACGAGCAGCUCGCAAAACAACGACAAAUGCGUCAAUACCGUGCACGUCGCUUCAACCAGCAGUUUGGCGCAACAGAAGACUCGCUUCAACGCAAGAGCGAGCAACUCGAACUCUCGCUUGCCAACUACUACUCGGACGAGGCCAUGGCCAAGAUGCGCAGCCAGCGUCUCAGCCUUCCCGUCUCGCAGAAGCAGUCUGAUGUCCUGGUCAAGGUUGAGCUUAAUCAGGUCACCAUCUGUAUGGCCGCUACAGGUUCGGGCAAGACUACUCAGAUCCCUCAGAUCCUGUUCGACGAUUACAUCCUCCAAGGCAAAGGUGCCAAGUGCAACAUCGUCUGUACACAGCCUAGACGUAUCGCUGCCAUCAGUGUCGCAGAGCGUGUCGCCAAGGAACGCGGCGAGCGGCUUGGUCAGACGGUCGGAUACCAGGUUCGUUUCGAGGCCAAACCGCCUCAGCCCAACGGCUCCAUCACGUUCUGCACCACUGGUGUCUUUUUGCGUCGACUACAAUCGGCGCUGGGAGAUGCAGAGUCGUCCAACACUUUCCUCGACUCCAUCACUCACGUCGUCAUCGACGAGGUGCACGAACGUGAUGUCGAGACAGACUUGCUGCUCGUCGUCAUCAAGCGUCUCUUGGCUGAGCGACGCAGAUUGGGCAAGAAAGAGAUCAAGGUGGUGCUCAUGAGCGCUACCAUCAAUCCCGCCCUCUUCCAAAACUACUUUGCCGAUCCUACCGGCCAACCUGCCCCCGUCGUAGAAAUUCCUGGUCGAAGCUACCCGGUGGAGAAGCACUAUCUGGAAGAGACGGUGCGCAACCUCGAGUCGCUCCGUCUCACUCCACAAAUGGGCGGCUGGGUCUGGGGCGAGAAGAACGUCCGCGACUACAUCGAACGCGAAAUCUACCAGCGAGGCGGUUCCGCAUCACGCAGCGGCAGCAGCGGCGGUGCUCGAGGCGGUUCCGGUGGCGGCGCCAAUGAGCUGGUGGAUCCGAUGGCAGACCAAGUCGACGACCUCGAGAUUCCGUAUCCACUCGUUGCCCUCAUCAUCGCCUACGUGCUUUCCAUAUCCAACGAUGGUCACGUCCUCGUCUUCUUGCCCGGUUGGGACGAGAUCAAGGCGGUCAACCUUCUGCUCACCGACACGCAGAACCACCCGCUCCUCCGCACCGAUUUCAACGACCGUGAUCAGCACGAGAUUCAUAUCCUCCAUUCGAGCGUUCCCGUCCAGGACCAGCAGGCCGUCUUCGAACCCGUGCGUCACAAGGGCAUUCGUCGCAUCAUCUUGGCCACCAAUAUUGCCGAGACGUCCAUCACCAUCCCGGAUGUGGUUUACGUCGUCGACACAGGUCGAGUCAAGGAGAAGCGCUUCGAUCCAGAGCGCCACCUUUCCAGUCUCGUAUCGGCCUGGGUCGGCACUUCCAACCUCAAUCAGCGUGCAGGUCGUGCUGGUCGUCACCGACCCGGCGAGUACUUUGGUGUUCUCAGCAAGGCUCGUUACGAUCGGCUCAAGGUCAAUCAGACGGUCGAGAUGAAGCGCACUGAUCUCAGCAAUGUCGUCAUGCACAUCAAGGCGCUCGACAUUCCAGGCAUGGAGGUCGAGGAGGUGCUCGCUUCGGCCAUUGAACCACCCGCACCAGAGCGAGUGCUGGCGGCGAUGGAGAAGCUCAAGAUGGUGGGUGCACUCGACCUGUACAAGAAUCUCACAUCUUUGGGACGUGUGCUGCUGCAGCUGCCUGUCGAUGCACCUAUGGGCAAGAUGUGCCUCUAUGGCGCCUUCUUCCGUUGCCUCGACCCGGUACUUUCGCUCGCAGCCAUCUUGACCAGCCGAGACCCGUUCAUGGCACCCAUGCACCUGAGGGAGGAGGCCGAGAUGGUCAAGGAUCGAUGGUGUCCGCCAGACUUCCGAUCCGACGCACUGUGUAUUCUCAGGGCGUACACGCGCUGGUGGGAGAUGCAGUCCCGCGGCGACUUUGUAGCUGCCAACCGCUUCUGCCAGGACAACUUCCUCAGCAAGCUGACGCUCCUCCAAAUUCAGCAGGUCAAGGAGCACCUGUUCCAGUCGAUGGAGAAGGCCGACAUCAUCUCGGUCAUUCAAAGCUCCUCGCUCGCCGCCAAUGGGAACGGCAACACCUACGCGCGCUUCCGGCGCCCUCGCGAGACGGACGCAGAGUUUAACACCAAUGCCGACGUCACGUCGCUGCUCGCUGCGCUGGUCGCAGUCUCGUCUCCACCGAACUUUGCCAUUCGAAGCGGCAAAGCGAGCUACCGAACGUCGCAGGACAAGUCGUGCCUCAUGCACCCUUCUUCGAUCUGUCACACCAAGUUCACCAAGCACAAGCCAUGGGAUGCCGCCAACAUGGGCGAGAAGGAGAUCUUCGCGUUCAGCGAGAAGAUCCGCAACGCGUCCGGCAGUGCGGGUAACAACGCCUCGACCAUGCUGCGCGGCUGUACGCGGCUGGACCCGCUGACGUUCAUGCUGUUUGGCGCGACCGAGGUGAGGGUGCUGGGUGAAGGUGUGGAGUGCGACUUUUGGCUGCCGAUCACGGGCAACACGGACUCGUUGGACAACUUGGAGAAGCUCAGGUCGAUCCUGGACGUCAUCAUGCUUCGUGUCUUUGAGGGCAUUGGCAAGGCGAGGAAGAACGGAUCGCAGCAGCAGAGAGGGGAGAGGAGGACGACAGACGAAGACGAGGACGAGGCCGGCGCGGAUGACGACGAUGACGACGAGGAUCAGCAGUGGGGAGACCGAACGGAUCUCUCGCUCUCGGCGCAGGAGAUCGGCGAGUUCGAGUACAUGAGUCAGGGCAUCGUGCACAUUCUGGAUGGUUACGCGCAAGAACGAGGCUGGGGAUCGAGCAGUCGAGGGUCGACGCGUCCAGCUAGUCCAGCCUCAUUCGGUAUGGGAGGCCUCAGCUUGCAGGACACGAACGCGAAGACCCCGUCAGCGGUUUCAAGCGGAGUGUACGCCGCGGGCAGUCGCGGCGGCUCGUCGACGAACUUGUUCUCGGGCGGCGAUGGCGUCGGUCUGAACUCGGUGCCGUCAAGUGCACCUCGAAGUGCAGCGACGAGCAACGGGGGAAGUCGAUGGACGAGUCGAUCUCAAACGCCUGAUCUGCAUCAUCAGCACCGGCCGCAGGCAAGCAUUGCGCCGAGCGUUGCGGCCAGCACGACAACAGACGCAACCAGCGCUACGAACGUCACUCGUGCCACCAAGAGCAGCAAGAGUACGGCGACAUCGCGUUCCUCUGGAACUGUGGAGGGCGCUGCCACGGCUGACGCGGGAAAGGCCAGCAAAGGUGGGAAAGGAGAAGGCGCUAGAGGCAACUGGAGGGCACGAGGUGGCGCUCGAGGUGGCGCAGGAAGAGGCGGCGCCGGUCGAGGAGGUCGUCAAGCAGCUGCUCCGUCUUCUGGCUGA